GGAGUCGCCAGGGCCAAACAGGACGGCUCGGUGGAAUAGCACGGCCACGCACACAGAGACAGAGUCGUCGAUCCCGCUGCGCCGACCGAGUUGCAUCUCGGACGACUGGACAUUCACCUAUUGCGCCUUGACACCCUCAAUGAUCCAAUGCUGUUGAGAUCUUCGACCAGCCGGACCCGAACCCAGGUGGCCGAUGGCUCCGAAGGCAAGAAACCCACAGCCACGGCCGAGGCGAUCGACUCGAGUGACAAGACCGACACGACUGCCAAGCGACCGAACCGAAGCAAAGCCACCUUCCGAGCUGUAGCAAGCAAAGUGGACUCGAAUCGCAAAGCUGCAUCUGUAGCGCCAUCGGCAUCUAAAACAGCAACUAAGCCCGCACCAGCAACAUCCACCAAGCUACCGUCGAGGCCUCCGCGGCGAGAUGAAGCCUCGGCCAUCAAGCCGGAUCUGAGCGGUGCAAAGGUCGCCAAGCGAACCGGAACCAAAUCGUCUCUCUCGACCAGCGACAAACGCAAAGUCAUUUCCACUCUACUGCCACCAAAACCACGUCUAUCAUCGUCACCAGCAUCAUCUGCAGCGAUGCCUUCUACAAGCCCGCCCGCGAUCGCUUCGGCAUCAUCGUCAGCGUCGGCACCGACGACACGAAUGCCUUCUGCAGCAGCACGAACAGCACGACCAGUACGAACAGCGCAAAUAGCACCAAAGACCCCGGCGGCUGCGUCGAAAUCGGCGCUCAAGCCUCCCGCAACGACGAUAAAGCCGCCGCUGAAACGCAGUAGCGACACUGUAAUGCCGUCGCGACCCGAUCUGUCGAGCCGGCCAAAACCGGAGGCGUCCAAGGCCCCGGUGCGGCGAGCGACAUUCAUGGCGUCAACAACACGCAGUUCCGGAUUAUCAGCGGCAGGCACACUGUCCUCCAAAAACGAGAACUCGACAGGUUUGCAGCGACUCGGGUCGACGCGCACACCGUCAAGGGCACUCACAGCUCCCCCAGCCAGAGGCAGGCCCAGCACCGCUGCUCAGUUGCCCGUGAGCGGCGCCGGGGCAUUCACCAAUGAACAAUUCAACAACGAGUCGCUCGGUGACAUCCUCGACAGCGAGCGGGCUAUGGAUCUGGACGAGAAGGUGCUGCGACGAGCAAGUGUCUUUGACGUUGGACCAAAACGAACGUCGAUCAUGCCCGUCAAGAAUACCCGCCGAGCGACAGCGCACACGGCUGCUACGGAGCCUGCUCGGAGAGUCUCCAUCUACAGUGCCCCUGUUCGCUAUCUUAGCAAAAAGGAUCCCGCUUGCGAGGAGCCCAAGCUGGAGAAGAUCAUUGCGAGCUAUUUCGCCAACCGGGAUACCAGUGAGCCCUCUCAGGCAGCAUCUGGCCCUGCCAGGCCACAGCGGGGAUACGGAGCCAAUGCUCCUGCAACGCCCUCGCUCAACAAGAUGCCCCUUCGCAAAGCCCCUCCGAUAAAGCCAACCGCUGCCGCCCCGCCGUCCUUUGGUCCAGGACAGCGACUGGGUCCCAAAACGCCUUCUCAGCCACUGCGCCGAGCCGACAUCGGAGCCCUGAACAACGUGCAACCGAGUGCCCCGCCGGCUGGCAUGUUUCGGUCGGAUAGCGAUCUGACAAUGUCCGACAGCCAGCAGCUCGAGAGUGAAAUUGAGGCUCUGAACGAGAUGGAGCGCAUGCUGCUGGAGAGGCUCGGGGCCGAGGAGUUCAAGGCUGGUGGGACAUAGCCCCGCCCCAUAUCGCUCGUUUCUUUGGCAAUAGACUCUCGUCCGCUUGAACCCGCACGUCGCUUCAGAGAGGCAGGCAGUGCAACGUGCCCGGCUCGUAUGUGCUGCGUCAAGUGCUGCACUCACAUCGCCUUCG